AUGGCAGGGCAAGCAGGGAACCCAGUAAACCACCCUAUAAGUCCCCACGUGAUAGGUGGCGCUUUUGUUCAGCAAUAUUAUCAAAUUCUACAUGAGCAACCAGAUCAAGUGCACAAGUUUUACCAAGAUUCAAGUAUUCUUGGUCGACCAGAUUCCAAUGGAACUAUGGUGUAUGUAAGCACUAUGAGUGCCAUUAAUGAAAAAAUUAUGGCUAUGGACGUCAGGAACUGCUUAACAGAGAUAGAGACUGCAGAUGCACAGUUAUCUCACAAGGACGGGGUGCUCAUUGUUGUUACUGGAUCCUUGACUUCAGAAGAAGGCGUUUUUCGUAGGUUUACCCAGUCGUUCUUCCUAGCACCACAAGAAAGUGGUGGCUAUUUUGUUCUCACUGAUAUAUUUAGGUUUAUUUUGGAAAGGAAACCAGCUGAGAUAAUUCAAGUUGCUACUCAAGAAAAUGAAAUCAGUCAGAAUGGUAGACCUGCAUCUGAAACAUGCUCAGCAUUACCAGAACCUAUUCCAGCUGACAGGAAUGUGAUCUCAGACCAUGUGACAGCUGAGAGUAAUGUUACAGAGAGGCAAAUUAGUGAUCGCUCUGCUAAUGGGACUGCCAUUGAAAAUAAUGUUAAAACCCAGCCACCUGUGCAAGUGCCCAAAGAGGAUCCCAAAAAGGCCCUAGUUGCUGCUCGUCCCCCUCCUCCAACUCAGACAGAUGUUACUAAGAAAUCUUAUGCAUCCAUUGUCAAGGUCAUGAAGGAGGGCCCACCGACUCCCCCAGUUGCCAAAACAACGUCGUCAGUUUCCAAACAGAAGCCAGCUCCUAAACCAGUGUCCAAGGCUGUCGAAGGUCCGGAAAAACCAUCCGUGAAACCUACCCAGGCUAUUGAAACUGGUGAUGGGAUUGUUGCUCAAAACAAUUCUUCUCGCAAUGAGCAAGGCUAUUCAAUUUUCGUCAAGAAUUUGCCUUACCAUGCCAAUAUUGAAAUGGUUGAGGAGGAAUUUAAGAAAUUUGGUACUAUAAAGCCAGGUGGUGUCCAAGUCCGGCACAAUAAGGUCGAUCGUUAUGUUUUUGGUUUUGUGGAGUACGAGUCCCAGCAGUCUAUGCAAGCAGCAAUUGAGGCCCUGUACAAUGGUGUAGGUGGUCGUUUCCAAUCUGGCAGGGGAGUGUACCAUGGUGAUAACUUCAGAGGGCGAGGAAGUGGCUAUGUGGACAAUGCCAACUACAGAAGCAGCGACAACUUCAACCGCCGGAAUGAAGGGGAGAUGUACAACCGCAGGAAUGAAGGGGAGUUCUACAACCGCAGGAAUGAUGGUGGCGAGAACUAUAUCCGCAGGAACGAUGGUGGUGAGAACUACAACCGGCGGAACGACGGUGGUGAGAACUACAACCGGCGGAAUGACGGCGGCGAGAACUAUAACCGCAGAAACGACGGCGGCGAGAACUACAACCGCAGGAACGACGGUGGCAGCGAGAACUACAACCGCAGGAACGAUGGCGGCGGCGAGAACUACAACCGCAGGAACGACGGUGGCGGCGAGAACUUCAACCGCAGGAAUGAUGGCGGCGAGAACUUCAACCGCAGGAACGACGGUGGCGGUGAUAACUUCAACCGCAGGAACGACGGUGGUGAGAACUUCAACCGUAGGAACAACUUCAGAAAUCAGAAUGAGUUACCUGGACGAGGACGGGGGCCACCUCCACCAGGGAACAGUUACCACCAGAACGGGAAUGGUGUCCACCCAUCUCGACCCUACCAGAAUGGGAAUGGGAGGUUCAGUCGCGUGAACAAUGGCCCUAAGCAAACUCCUGUUGCUGCGUAG